AUGGCUACGUUCCUGAAGCAGGUACGCCCCUUUGAAACUACGUCGAACCCUGCUGAAGCAUGGUCGGAGUGGCGCCGCCAGUACGAGACGUAUGAACGUGCACUAAAAUACCACAAGGAAGAUGACGAAACACGGCUAUCUCUUCUGCUUCAUGUGGGAGGAAAAGAACUUAACAGUGUUUAUCGCACGUUGGAGUUCCCAAAGGAGGAGACAACAGAGGCCGGUGGCAAAGCUCAAGAAAAGGCGAGGACGAUGAAGAGCGUUUGGGACGCAUUAGUCAAGUACUUCAGGGCGUACAGGAAUCUCACGCAUGCGUCGUUCGUGUUUAAUAACUUGUGUCAGAAGCCUGGACAGCCAUUUGAUCAAUUCCUUCAGGAAGUCAAGCUGCAAGCAGAGCUUUGCGAGUUUGGGCCGGCGUACGAGCGCAAUGUCAAGGACCGUCUUAUUCUUGGCAUAAAGGAUAACGCCCUUCGAGAGCGUUUGCUACGCGAUGCCGCCAUUACACUACAAAGUGUCGUUCUUCAGUGCAAGAGCGCGGAACUUUCAAAGAGUCACUCUCAAGCAGUCACCGUCCAGGAGGGUCACGUUGAUGAACUGUAUAUGACAGGUCAAAAGAAAGGAGCCUACAAACACGGGCGUGGAAGAGGCCUAGGCAGAGGACUAACUACGAAACCCCAGCAGGGCAACACAGAACCGUGUGGAAGGUGUGGCAGGACUCAUCCCCCUCGCAACUGUCCAGCGUAUGGGCAGCAUUGUGGAAAGUGUGGAAAAUUGAACCACUUCGUGCAAGUCUGCAGAGCAGGACAACGUAACCCUAAUCAAGUGAGGGCCUGUGUUCCAAACUGUCCCAACCGUGGUCAUAACAAGCAUGACUCUCAACUGCACGUUCUCACGGGUGAUCAUAUGCAAGGGACAUUGGGCGACUUCGUGUCCCUUGAUGUCCUCACUGUUAACAGCCUUGAAGGGUCUGCAUUCUGGACAGAAGACGUCAGAGUAGAAGGCCACCUUCUCAACUUCAAGCUUGACACAGGGUCCGAGGUGAAUGUGAUUUCAAAAGAGAUUGUCCGAGCUUGGAAUCCUAGACCUCUUGUCAGAAGGUCUCAACGCCGUGUCACAACGUAUUCUGGGGAGCAGCUUCCUGUGGUCGGAGAGACAGUCUUGAGCUGCACUGCUAAUGGACUUACGUGCCCUGUGACGUUUCUGGUCGUCGACUUGUCGUCGUCGCCCAUACUGGGUCUUCAAGCAUGUCAGAUGUUCAACCUUCUCAAGAGAGUUUGCGAGGUUAAAGGUGAAGUGGCUCGACAUGAGAGUAUCAGGGAGACACCAGAGCAAGUUGUUGCAGAAUAUGAAGAUGUUUUUCAAGGUGUUGGACGACUGCCAGGAACUCAUAAGAUCAUACUAAAGGAAGAUGUGAAGCCGUCUAUUUCACCGCCCAGGAAAGUGCCUUUGGCCUUAGAGGAGAAGCUCAAGUUGGAGCUUGAGAGAAUGGAACGAGACGGUGUCAUUGCAAGAGUGACAGAGCCUACUGACUGGUGCAGUCCGCUUAUAAUUGUGCCGAAACCUAAUGGAGACAUUCGUGUAUAUUUGGAUCCUCGGAAGUUAAACGAGGCAAUCAAGAGACCUCAUUACCAGAUCCCAACACAGGAAAGGCAGUUUGCAAGACUUCACGGGUCUACAGUAUUUACGGUCAUGGAUGCAUCACACGCCUUUCACCACCUGCAGCUGGAUGAAGGAAGUUCUCGGUUAUGUACGUUUGCUACGCCCUACGGUCGUUAUCGCUUCUUGGUGAUGCCCUAUGGGUUGAACUGUGCCCCAGAAGCGUUUCAGCAGUCUGUGGACCAACUGUUUGCUGAGCUUCCAGACGUUCACCCAUAUUUUGAUGACAUUCUGCUGGCGUCUCGAGACAUGGGGGAGCAUUGCCAACAGCUUCGAAAGGUUCUUGAAGUGGCAAGGAAAUCAAACCUGAAGCUUAAUAAGGAAAAGCUACAGCUAGCAGUGCAAAGAGUUAAGUACCUUGGCCACGUGCUGACAUCGCAAGGCGUGGAGCCUGAUCCACAGAAGGUGAAGGCCAUUACGGACUAUCCUGUGCCGACAAGUAAGCAGCAGCUGCAACGGUUCAUCGGAAUGGUGACGUACCUCACUAGAUUUGUUCCAAAAAUGUCAGAAAGUACUCGUGUGCUAAGGCAGCUGCUACGGAAAGACGUUGAGUGGGUCUGGGAUGAAAAUUGUCAACAAUGUUUUGAACACCUCAAGCAACUUCUGGUGACUGCUCCUGUGUUGUCAUACUUCGACGCGAACUGUCCGGUGACACUGUCAGUGGAUGCUAGCUCUUAUGGAUUGGGCGCUGUAUUUCUUCAAAAUGACCACCCUGUAGCCUAUGCGUCAGUGUCGCUGACGGAGACACAACAACGAUAUUCACUGAUAGAAAAAGAACUUUUGGCAGUCGUGUUUGCGGCGGAGCAUUUUCACUAUUUCACCUAUGGUAGGGUUGUUGAAGUACAGACAGACCAUAAGCCCCUAGUCGGACUCUCGCAAAAGCCUUUCGACUCCAUAUCACCGAGAUUGCAACGACUGUUACUGAGACUGCAACAUUAUCAAGCGCAGCUUGUUUAUGUUCCUGUAAAGGAUCUUGCUGUUGCUGAUGCGUUGUCGCGGGCACCACUGCAGGAAGUGACUAGGGAGGCGAGUUGUGAGGUACCAGCCUCAUUGUGUCUUCUUGUGCAAGCAUCGUCACUUACUUUGGACGCCAUCAGAGAUGCAACAGCGAAAGAUGAGACGUUGCAGCAAGUUGUUAGAUAUUGCCAGCAGGGCUGGCCACUGUGUCGUAAGCAGGUUGAGCUUGGAGCAAAACUGUACUGGGAUUGCAGAGAUGAGUUGCACGUGAAGGAAGGCUUACUUUGCCGAGGAAGACGUUUGGUGAUUCCCAAGAGUUGCAGGGAACAUACCCUAAACAGACUUCAUGAAGGUCAUCGAGGUAUGGUAGCAUCCAAGAUACGGGCACGAGAAGCCCUAUACUGGCCAGGAAUGUCAAGAGACAUUGAGAGCAAGGUACAACAGUGUACGACAUGCCAAGUAAACUACAGGAGCAACCCUCAAGAGACACUGCUUAGUGUACCCUUACCGUCACUGGCGUGGCAGAAGCUUGCCCUUGACUUUUUCUAUCACCAAGGAUUAACUUAUCUACUCGUCAUUGACUAUUAUUCCAAGUAUGUUGAGUUGCAGGAAAUGCCAAAUGUGACCGCCAAGUGUGUCAUAAACUUUUUGAAGUCCGUGUAUGCACGCCACGGGAUUCCGUCUGAGGUGAUUUCCGACAAUGGACCUCCCUUUAAUUCUGCACUGUUCGCUUCCUUCAACAAGGAGUGGGGCAUUUGUCACAUAACCUCUACCCCUCACUUUCCAAGAUCCAAUGGACUGGUGGAGAGAAGUGUGCAGACCAUUAAGUCCACCUUGACGAAAACGUUGGAUGAUGAACAAGAUGUUCAUAUUGCUCUACUUAAUUAUCGUGCGACACCGACAGAACACUUGCCGUCUCCUGUCGAGAUGUUGAUGGGACGAAGAGUUAGAACAUUGCUGCCAGCACUUCCGACCCUGUACAAGCCAAAUUACCCCUGCGAAGACCAUCAGAAAGGCCUAGAGACAGAAGCAGCAGCACCGGUAUGA